CACCUCAAUGCAGACGACAUUAUGGUAUUGCUAAUAGUGAAAUUGGCUGGACAAUUGGCUAAAUUACUAAUCAAACAGUCUUUAAGAAAAUUCAGAAGACCGCCAAAUCGUAAUCCAGACAAAGAUAUUGCAAAGGUACAGUUGGCAUCUUCAUUCGUAGAACAGUUUACAGGACCAGCUGUACAGAGACUUGGUGAAACGACAAAGAGAAAUCUCAAAUAUCGUAUCGUUAUUAUAUGGAUUGGUCAAAGGUAUCAUUUAUUGAAUAUUACAUUACAAAGUAAAUUACUUGGUUUUCGGAAACCAAUUGAAGUGAAAUCACUAACAGAAGAUGAAGCUAUGCGUUUAGGAAACAAAAUACUUGGAGAAUCAUUCAUUUAUGCAAUCACUGCAGCAUUUGUGUUAUAUGAAUACACCAAGUCUUCCAAAAAAGAACAGAUCAAGGAAGAACACAGUAGGUUUGAAAUAGCUAAACUUCAAAGAAAAACACAUGAAUAUGGACUUGUAAAUGAACUGCAAGAAACUGAGAUUAAAGAAUUGAGAAGAAAAAUGUUUCAAUUAGAGGAUAAAAAUACAAGUUUAGGAAGCAAACUGUUUUCCUCUCUAAAAUCAUAA